GUCAGUGCGCCCGCGCGCGCCGAGGGAGGAGUGGGAGCCGUGGGCCAGCCGGCGCUGAGGCUCCGGUAACACGGGCUGGGCGGGGAGAGGAAGGGGCGGGGCACGGAGCCCCUCAGAGUGCGGGGUCGUAGUCCGGACCCGGGGCGGGAGCCCUGGUGAUGCUCAGCACUAGCUUCUUCUCCCAGCAGGCCCCGCCUGGCCUCGAGAUGGAGUUUCCGGACCUCGGGGCUCACUGUUCGGAGCCGAGCUGUCAGCGCUUGGAUUUUCUGCCGCUCAAGUGCGAUGCCUGCUCUGGCAUCUUCUGUGCAGACCAUGUGGCCUACGCCCAGCAUCACUGUGGAUCUGCUUACCAAAAGGAUAUCCAGGUACCUGUAUGCCCCCUGUGUAAUGUGCCUGUGCCUGUGGCCAGAGGGGAGCCCCCUGACCGCGCUGUAGGAGAGCACAUUGACAGAGACUGUCGCUCUGAUCCAGCUCAGCAAAAACGUAAGAUCUUCACCAAUAAGUGUGAACGCUCUGGUUGCCGUCAGCGGGAAAUGAUGAAACUGACCUGUGAACGCUGUGGGCGGAACUUCUGCAUCAAGCACCGUCACCCACUGGACCAUGAUUGCCCUGGGGAGGGACAUCCAACCAGCCAGGCAGGACUUGCUGCCAUCUCCAGAGCAAAAGGUCUGGCUUCUACAAGCACCAUUCCCAGCCCAAGUCGGACCUUGCCUUCCUGUACCUCUCCUAGCAGAGCCACAACCCAAUCUCCAUCCUGGACAGCCCCUCCAGUGAUUGCUUUGCAGAAUGGCCUGAGUGAGGAUGAGGCUCUGCAACGAGCUCUGGAAAUGUCCCUGGCAGAGACCAAACCCCAGGUUCCAAGUUCUCAGGAGGAAGAAGACCUAGCUUUAGCACAAGCACUGUCAGCCAGUGAGGCAGAAUACCAACAGCAGCAGGCCCAGAGCCGCAGCUUGAAGCCGUCCAACUGCAGCCUGUGCUAGGGCCUUGGGCUGGGGAGGGAGGCUCGGCUGAGCAAGACUGUGGCCCUCACAUCUCUAGGGUACACAGGGAGAGGAGGCCCGGAGCAGCAGAGACAAGCAGAAAUAAUGUGGAGGUGGCCUACAAGAAGCCUAUGGAAGGAAGGCCCUACUAGCGUUCCAGCUGCAUGGGAAGAGAGCAGCUAGCACCUGUUCCCUGGUAGGGCCCUCAGGGGAUGUUGCCAGGCCCCGCUCUAAAUUCUCUUCAUCAUGUUGUCCCCCUAAUGCUGGGGCCGCCCCCACAUGUAGUGGGCAGGGAGAGGCCUGGAAAAAAAAAUAAAGGAUCUCAGCAGUCAGUAAGAC